GAAAGUGUCAUGUAAAUUGACACCUCAAGGAUUGUUUUGUAUGUGUGUACAUCAUCAGUGGCCCUCACAAGGAUCACACCUGUAUGCAUAUAUUGUCUUCAGUGAGGACAAAUUGGACAUUAACCUGGUCCAAUGAGGCUCUCCUCUCCACCAUCAUGAGCCAGACAGCUGGCAAGUCGGACUCUGCGGCCGGCUGGUCAGAGAUCCAGGACCUCCUGCAGCAGACCCAGCAGGAGAAUACCUCCAUGAGGCAGCAGCUGGACACGCUGCGCCAGGAGAACCGCAUCCUCAAGGACCGCAUCAAGACCCACGAGCUGGAGACGCUGGAUUCCAAGACCGACAAUGAGAAGGCCAUGCUACUCAGGCUGGAAGGCUCCGCCAGCGGCGAUGACCGCUCCCAUCACACUGACGAAGACCUGGACGAUACCACCAACUCCUUCGUCAUCGCUGAUUCUAAUGGAGACCAGAUACUUCCCGGGUUUCCCUCCUCAUCUUCAGAGGGAUCCAUGGUACCAGAGGAGCCCCCUAAUAUCUCUGAGAGCAACUGGGAGAUCCUGAGUAGCGAGGGCGAGGGCUCGGUGGCCUGUUUGCAAGACCGCAUCCACCAGAUGGAAGAAAACCACUAUACGGUGAAUGAAGAGCUCCAGGCCACCCUCCAGGAACUCACAGACCUCCAAGAUAAUGUGAACGAGCUAAAUUAUGAGAACGAAAAACUCACUGAAGAAAAGAGUGUCAUUAUUGAAGCAUUGUACAGACAACUAGAGAAGGUGGAGCAUCUCAAGAGCUACUUGGAGUCUUUGAAGGGUCGUCUAGAAGAAAGCAGAGUCGAUAUUGAACUGGAUGACCUCGAUGACACUUUCAAUACAGCUUUCACAGAUAUCUCUUUACAAAGUUUGGACCUGACGGAAGCUUGCACAAGCAUGGCCCCAAGCUUAGGGGACAGAAAAAGGCUGUCAGAGAUUCUAAGCGAACAUCGGAAGGAGAGCCAGUCAGAGAUAGCAAAGCUGAAGGAGAAGAUACGUGAGAUGGAACAGUCCUUGGACAACGCCCUAGUAGAAAUGGAACAGCAGUCUCAGGAACUAACCGUGGCCAAGGGGAAGCUGUCAAGCACAGAGGUGGAACUGGAGAGGACCCAGGUCAUGAUGGAGGAGGAACGAUCCCGCCUGACGGACAUGCUGCAAAAUCAGGAUCCUGAAGGUAAGCUUAAUCUGGUCAACCUGAUGGACCAAGCAAAGCAGGAGAAGGAAGCCCUGGAGCAGCGCGGCGCCAUCCUCCAGCGGGCCUUGCAGGAGAGUCAGCAGCACGCUGCCAAGCAGCAACUGGAGAUAGAGGAGUCAGAUCAGGACUUUGAAGCAGCCAGAGAGCACAUUGAGAGAGAGGUCAAACAGAUUCAUGAACGCAUCCAGGAGAUAGAGGGCGAGAAGCACGAGCUGGAGACAGAAGUCAUCAAUCUGAAGGAGACUGUCCUGGAGCUGGAAGAAGCUCGAGAGCGGCAUGAGGCUGACAAAGUCAAACACCUCACCACCAUUGCUGAUCUCAACCAAGCUGUGCAGACCCUCCGGAAAGAAAAACAUGACCAUCAUAAGGAGCUGACCGACCUAAAACGGGUCAGCGCGCGGGAUGCCGAAGAGUGGAUCCAGUUUCAGAAAGACUUGCAGUAUGCCGUAGUCAUUGCCAAUGACUACCGAAGUGAGGCUUUGACUGAGGUCGAGCAGCUGCAGAAGGACAAAGAGGAACUCAUGGGGAAGAUUAAAAGUCUGAAUGCUGAAGUGGAGCGGCUGCGGAAACUUGAGAGGAAGAACACAGCUCCCAAUCUGAGUCCUAUUCACUUGAAGCCCACCUCAACCGAAACCGAAAUCCGACAACGGAUGCAUGCGUAUAUGAAGUCGGACUCCGAUAUCGUUGGAAGCCGGGCAACAAGAAAGGCCAACUCCACUAACACCCAGCUGUCCGUGAAGAGCCUCAUCAAAUCGAUUGAGACAGCAGCAGCAGAAGACACACCAAAGGUCCCCCAGAGUCCUACAUUAGUGUCUCCUGUGAACACCUCCUUCUCCCAACCGCUCCUAUGCAGACGGAACACCACCACUGCCUCGACGAAACCCUUUGACUCCAAACCGGCAUUCACACGUCGCAACACCACCACGUCCAUGAUUUCCACCGACACCAAGAGCUCUAUCACAUAUCCUGUCCGUGCUGCCGAUGACUUGAAGCUGCCCAAGGAGCCUCUGCGUCCACUGUUUGGCCAGGACACGCCCGUCCGGUCACCGACCAGCAGGUCACCUGGGGCCACUCGCACUGACGCCAGGCAAACUAUCGGAGAUGCUCUCUUCAGGACUGCCGACUUCCGUCCCCGUAAAAGUGGCAGUCCGACAACUCCUGCGGCACGGGACUCACCGGAUAGUAAGACAUCAGGAAGUCAAAGCAAUCCAAGGAGAACAAGUGAUUCUGAGAAGAAAGACCCCCUGUCUGCUCUGGUCAAGUCCGGAGGUGGAGGAUCCAAGAGGAACGCACUGCUGAAAUGGUGCCAGGCCAAGACGGCAGGAUUCAAGAAUAUCGACAUCACCAACUUCAGUAGCAGCUGGAAUGAUGGCCUGGGAUUCUGUGCCAUCAUACACAGCUACAUGCCCAGCAAGAUCCCGAUGCAUGAACUGAACAGCCAAGACAAGAGGCGUAACUUCACACUGGCAUUCCAAGCUGCCGAGAGGUUGGGUAUAUCGUCCAUUCUGGAUAUUGAUGACAUGGUGAAGAUGGAACGACCGGACUGGCAGUCCGUCAUGACCUACGUCACCUCACUCUACAAGCAUUUUGAGACGUAGUAAACAUUCCCUCCAAGUUACUAUGUCACGUUAUAUAUGACUUGAAGCUUGGCAUGGCGGAUGAGAUAAAUUAUAAAGUUUGUGGGUAACACCAUGUGGAAAGAUAUCUCUUCUUGAAAGAAGAAGAAGAGAUAUCUUUCCUCCUGAGGACGGACAGAGCACACCGUCCGAAACGUCGAGUUCUACACUCAACCAACCGGUUCUUUUCAGAACCACACUUCUUCCAAGAAGAGAUAUCUUUCCACAUGGUGUUACCCGUAAACUUUAUAGCUUACUAUUUCACGUAAUCUUUAAAACAGGGUUGAAAGGUAUCGGCUUUUAAAGCAGCACAUUCUAAUGGCAAUGCAUGCAAGUUGCAACAUUCCAAGUCAAUAUGUAUUCAAGCAUAUAUGCUAAAAGGUAUUCCCUUAUAAUGCAUGUGUAACCAUCACAUUAACAUAAUAUCUGCAUUAUUGUCACAUCAUUUGUUCUUGUUUGGCAUAGCCUGUUUGGUAAACAUACAUGUAUUACUGAUUAUUUUUUAUAUCAGGCUUUCCCAGUGGUAAAGAAAAGAUAUCAGCGUAUUGUAUGCUUUCGUAAAAUGUACCCAGAUGACUGCAAUAUUAUGUCAGUAAAAGAACCCAGAUGGGGACAUAUUAUGCCUCAUCCGGGCAUUUUAGUAAAUUUCGCAGGUUCCCGCACAAUCAAGAGUGAAGAAACUCACAGUUGCCAACCAGUCAACAGAGCGCCGCGCACGUUACCGUCGCAAGCAGACGCAGCACGCUGCAGGGUAUAUGCGCACUGUUGUCAACAACCACAAUGGCAGCUUAGAGCAGCGCAAAGUAUUUUCGGUAAGCGAAGAAUAUUUAACAAAAUUUGAGAAAUAAGGAAAUUUGAGAA